AUGUCCAAGGUUAUGCGAAGCAUCAAAAAUGUGACCCAUGGGUAUUCCAGUAUCCAGGCCAAGGUCCGCGAAGCGACCAGUAACGACCCAUGGGGCCCGACCGGCACGCAGAUGAGCGAGAUUGCUCAGAUGACGUUCAACACCUCGACCGAAUUCUAUGAGAUUAUGGACAUGCUCGACAAGCGCCUCAAUGAUAAGGGAAAGAACUGGCGACAUGUUCUCAAGGCCCUCAAGGUCCUCGACUACUGCCUGCACGAGGGCUCCGAGCUCGUCGUUACCUGGGCCCGCCAGAGCCUUUACGUCAUCAAGACGCUCCGCGAAUUCCAGUACAUUGACGAAGACGGUCGAGAUGUCGGUCAAAAUGUCCGCGUUGCCGCCAAGGAGCUAACUUCUUUGGUUCUCGACGAGGAGCGUCUUCGCGCUGAGCGAACCGACCGAAAGUCCUGGAAAUCCCGUGUUACCGGUCUCGAGGAGCACAUGCCAGAAUACAUGGCUUCGUCCUCGCAUACCGGGCCACGGCCCAAUAGACGCCCACAGAACGACGAGGAAGACGCCGAAUACAGACUUGCUCUUGAGGCCAGCAAGGCCCAGGAGGAGGAGGAUCGCAAAAAGAGGGAAAGCAGGCAAGGCGUCAGCGAAGAUCCUGAUCUGCAAAAGGCGCUGAAGCUGAGCAAGGAGGAGGAGGAACGCCGACGACGCGAUCUUGAGGACCAGAACGCCAACUCCCUCUUCGGCUUCGACGAACCUGCGCAAGCUUCCCAACCCCAGCCCACCGGCCUCAACCAGGGCUACCAGCAGGGCAAUCAAGUCAACUUCAUGGGAAACCCCAUUGACCAAAAUAAGAUGAUGGGACAGCCUACAGGGUAUAUGCAAAACCCCUACCAGACCGGCAUGAUGCCUAACCAAACCGGCUUCCCCAACUACAACAAUAUCGGCAUGCAGCAGACGGGUAUGGGUAUGGAUCCUUAUGGCCAGCAGCAGCAACAUCAGUCGAUGCCCUCAUUCCAGCAACCGCAGGCGACCGGUUUUAACCCAUAUGCGCAACAGCAAAUGCAGCUCCAGCAGCCCUCUGAGCCCUCACCUCAACCCGGCAGCAACAACCCAUGGGCUACCAACCAGUCUCAGCAGUCUCUCAAGCCCAUGCAAACCGGCUCCAAUAACCCAUUCGCCCAAUUCAACAACCGUCCCCAGACCACGUCGCCCAUUCCGACACUCGCCGCGCUGCCGGAGCAGAAGACGCUGUCUGCCUUCGGCCAGCAGCAGCAGUUCCCUCAAGCGCAGCCACAGCCACAGAUGAACUUCGGCCAAUCCCAAGCCGGCCUCAACAGCCAGCCUAAGAAGGAGCUUAGCGAGCACGAGAGCAGGCUCAACGCCCUGCUUGCGUCGGGCGACGGCAUGGAUACGUACGGCAACACGGGCGACCUACGAAUUCCUGCGCAGCACACGGCACCCGGAAUGUUUAUGAACAGCGCCGGUUCAGGCGCCGUCAGGCUGCAGGCCGACGCUACGGGAAACAACCCAUUCAUGCGACAGCAGUUUACGGGCAUGCCCAGCAUCAACUACGGAGGACAAAACGGCCAGCAAAUCAACAACAACCCCUUUGGAGCCCAACAACCGCAACGGCAGCAACAGCAACCCGGCCAUGACCUGAUUCAGUUCUAG